CGUCAACGUCAUUUCCGGGAUGCAAUACAGUCGGUAGUGGGCUGCUGGUAGCUGUAAACGCUGCGACAUUUAGCUAGUUUAGUUCCAGUUUUAGUUGACAGCGCGUCAGAAGAAAACAAUAUACAGGCGUUUGUUUAUGAGCGGUAUGUGUCCACGGUGUUAACGUAGAGCCGACCGGACGCCGUUGAAAUGAAGAAAAAGAGCUCCGAGAAAAAACGCCAUGUGGUGGCAUGGACCAACAAAGCUGAGUGGGACCAGGUUCUGGAGUAUCUUUACUCGAAGGACUCCGCCUUGCAGAGGUACGCCCUGCAGAGGAUAUCGGCUUGGAAAGGCAGGUAUGCCAACAGCACCCCUGUGGCAGUGGACUGCACCGCGGACCUGGUGAGGUGCCAGGUGCUGGACCGGUCCGGACAGCUGGACGGGGAUGAUCUGGUCUUGCUUUACGGAGCAGGUCUGGUGAGGUUCGUUAAUCUGAUCACGGAGCGACAGCAGGGCCGAGUAGCCCGCCCACUGAGGCGGCUGGCCGGGAACCUAAACAUCCCAGAGUGGGUCGUGGACCUGAGGCACGAUUUCACACACAGGAAGCUCCCUACCUUGAAAUGGUGUCGAAAGGGAUGCAAGGUGGUGCUAGAGUGGCUCCAGCAGGAGUACUGGUCCAGGCAGUUGGGAGGUGGGCCUAAUGAGGACUGGGAAUCAGAGUCGGAUGGAGAGGAGGAAGAGAGUGACCUAAAACGCCAGGAGGACGAGCUCCUCGCCAGGCAGAAAGAAAUGGAGGCCUACAAGAAUGCACGUGAACUUCUGAUAUCGUUUGAAAAGGAGCAGUACCAGGCUUUCAACGGGCUUCCUGAAGACAAAGAGAAGAACUUGUGGCCCGCCCCCUUUGCAGACAUGAGCUGGCUACUAGGGGAGAUCAAGCAGUUCGCCCUGCAGUCCAGUAAUCUGCUGGUUGAUGUGCUGCUGGAGGACGGGUUUCUGGUUCCUACUGUGGAGCAACUGGAGACGUUGGGCUGCGAUCCGUCCGACAACGCCAGUCCCACUGGACCCAGACUGUCCCAGACCUUCCUGCGUUUUUGGCUGCCGCUGCUGAAGAUGCUCAACUCGCCGGCCUUCAUCCAUCUCCUUCUGGAGAAGCUGUUCGGUGAGUUGAAGGUGCUCACCAAAGAGCAGAAUGAUCACCGGGCUUUCUAUCUUUCUGGUUGGAUUGCAGAAAUCAUCCUCUGUAACGGCAACAAAUUUGAAUACCACUUUGAAACCAAGGGGCAGAAGAAGGCCAGAAUGAAGGACCGGGUCUUUGUAAACCGCAUCCAGCUGAGGUGGCAGCAGCUGCUGUCGGCGUGCCUGGAUGCUCCCUGCGUCAGCACGCCUCAUCUGCUCCAGUUAAUCCUGGACGACAUGGAGCACCCUCUCCCUCUGGAGACCCGACAGAGGCUGUUCCAGCUCUGCUCCAUCUACACACAGUCGUCCCAUUCAGAAUGCGGUUCUUCUCCGGAACCGAACCAGCAGCCCAUAUACACGCUGGAGAGUCUGCACGAGAAGCUGCAGCGGUCACGCCGCCGCCCCGCGGCUGCAGCGGAGCGGAGCGAGUCCUCCCAGGAGUACAGUUGGGCAGAUGCUCACGCUGAGAAAGCCAGGUUGCUCAGAGGCUCUCCGUGGCAGCUGUGCAGCGACAAGGUUUUGUGGAAGAACUAUCCUCUUGGGAAAGUCCCCGGGCAGUCCGAUGACCCCUCAUGCCUCAUGGUGGAGAACUACUCCACGAUGACUGUGUUUGACCAGCCGGUGGAGUUGGAGAGCAACGCCACGCACAGCGUCACAGGAGCCCCCGUGAGAUCAGCUGAUGGCCUUCUGUGGAACCACAGUGAUGUUAACAAGCUUAAAUCGGGACUGCAGCUGUUUUGAGUUGUGAAAUAUGGAAAUAUAGUCCUGUAGCCUCUGACACAUUGUUGACAAAUGGAAACAAAAUGG